AUGAUAUUUACGAGUAUUUUUUUGUCUAUUACGUCACAUUAUUUAUUUACCUUUUUAGUUACAAUUAGUAUAAUCUUUCAUAGAUGUAUUGAUUGCGGAAGUCAUUUGACAACCUCGAAGGAACUAGUUUCUACCAGUUUUAGAGGUAGAACUGGCGUUGCAUGGCUCUUUACCAGAGUCGUGAAUGUAUCUGAAGGUCCCUUUGAAGAGCGUAUGAUGACUACAGGUCAACAUACAAUUGUUGAUAUUUAUUGCAACGACUGUGGAGCCAAUUUGGGUUGGAAGUAUGAGGAGGCAACUGAGGAAUCACAGAAGUAUAAAAAGGGCAAAUUUAUACUAGAAAAGGCAUUAUUGAAGAAUAACAACCCAAAUUAUUCUAGUAGUGUUGAAGACGAUAAUGAAGUCACUGAUGAUUAA